AUGAAAGUUAGGAUCGUAUUCGACGCAUCAGCUAAGACAAACGGAACAUCAUUGAAUGACAAUAUUUGCCAAGGACCAAAGCUACAGAGAAACCUGGUGGAUGUUUUGCUACGUCUCAGGAGGAACCCCGUGGCAUUAGUUUGCGACAUCUCGCAGAUGUAUUUACAGAUCGGAUUAGCUCCGGAGGAUAGGCCUUACCAUCGUUUUCUUUGGAGAGGAGAAGACAAAGAAGAGCCCAACGAACACGAAUUUAAUCGAGUCGUCUUCGGUGUUAACGCGUCACCAUUUUUGGCUCAGUUUGUUAGUCAAGAACACGCACGCAAGUACAAGUCGCAGUACCCACUGGCAUCAGAGACGGUUCUGAAAUCUACGUACAUGGAUGACUCUAUGGACUCAGUACAAGAUGACAAAAGCGGCAUUGAACUCUACAAACAACUGAACAAGUUGUGGGGUAUAGCCGGAAUGGACGCACGGAAGUACCUGUCAAAUUCACCCAAGGUCUUAGCUGAGAUACCAAUAGAAGACAGAGCAUCGCAGAUCAGUCUUGAUGGAGGAGAGUUACCAUCUGUUAAAACUCUGGGAGUGAUGUGGAAAGCAGAGGAAGACAUCUUCACGUUCGAGCCAAAACCAGUGGAGGAUGACUUCAAGUUGACGAAACGCAAUUUUCUCCGCAAAAUUGCUGCAGUAUUCGAUCCACUAGGUUUUAUCGCACCAUACGUUAUGCAAGGACGCAUCGUACUACAGAAGGUCUGGGUCGCAGGAUACAACUGGGAUGACGCCAUUCUUGGAGAAACUGCUGACGAUGCCAACAACUGGUUUGAAGGGCUACCACAAGUUGAGAACGUCAAAGUACCCAGAUGCCUGAGACUCGAAUCAGCUAAGAAAAUGAUCAACGCACAGCUGCAUACGUUUGUGGACGCAUCCCAAGACCCAUACGGGUGUUGUAUUUUCCUGAGGACAGAAUAUGAAGACCGAACAGUGGCAGUACGACUGGUAGCAUCCAAGGGAAAAGUAGCCCCACUGAUAGCACUCAGCAUCCCUAGACUCGAGUUGAUGGCAGCCAUAGAGGGACUACGGCUAACGGUCACCGUAUCAUCAACACUAGAGAUAUCCAUCAAAGAAGUCGUAUUCUGGUCUGACAGCAUGAACGUCCUGUGGUGGAUCAGAGGAAGGAGCCGCAAGUUCAAGCCAUUCGUCGCAAAUCGAGUCGGAGAAAUACAGGGUAUAACAUCGCCAGAACAAUGGAGACACGUGCCGACAGAUGUCAACCCUGCCGAUCUAGUCUCUCGAGGAAUGGGAAUAAAAGAUCUACUAGCAUCCAAGAUAUGGUGGUCGGGACCUGCCUUUCUACAACAAGGAACAAGUGAAUGGCCUGAGAAUAAGGUGGACGACCGCAACAUAGCGAUAGUAGAACUAGAAGUGAAGAAGACAGAGAGAACGCACGUGACCACAAAUGAAGACACAUCUGAGCAGCCCAUCGAGGAAAAUAGCGUUUUGAGACUGGAACCGUCACAUUUCUCUAGCUGGAUGCAGUUAUGCAGGAGACAAGCCUGGGUUCGGAGAUUCAUCGACAACUGCAGAAAAUCGAAUGAAGAUCGUCAGAUCGGAGAAUUGAGCCCAGAGGAAAUAGAAAGGUCAGGAGACGUGAUCAUCUCCAAGGCACAACAAGAUACGUUUGCUGAAGAAUGCAAAGCAUUACGUCGAGGAGGUAAAAUUCACAAGACAAGCAAGCUAUCGGACCUGAAUCCAAUGAUCGAUGAAAAUGGUGUCCUUCGAAGUGACGGACGACUGACCCAAGCGGAAUUCCUACCGUUUGAGACGAAAUACCCAGUGAUACUACCUAGAGGACAUCACGUCACAAGAUUGAUAGUGAGAUACUAUCACGAGAAGGGACGACACGUACAAGGAGUAAACCACACGCUAGCUGAAUUAUCUAGUCGCUAUUGGGUAAUUUGCGGGCGGGAGGAAAUCAGAGAAUGCGAGAGACAAUGUCCGAUGUGUAAAAGACGGAAGAGCAAACCAGGCACACAAAUCAUGGCACCUCUUCCGAGAAGUAGACUACAAUAUCAAUUACGAGCCUUCAUAAUGUCUUCCACAGAUUUCGGAGGUCCGUAUUAUACAAAGCAAGGACGUGGAAGAGCACAGAUGCGCCGGUACUUAUGUCUAUUCACGUGUCAAACAACCCGAGCUGUUCACCUGGAGAUGGCAUACAGCCUGGAUACGGAUUCAUUCCUCAAUGCAUUCAAUCGCAUGAUCAACAGACGUGGCAUCGUAAAGGAGAUGACAUCAGACAAUGCAGGAAACUUUGUAAAGGGGAACCGUGAGUUGCGUGAAAUCGUUGAGCAGUUCGAUCAAGAAAGAAUCAAGAAAGAAACCUCUACGCUUGGAGUGAGAUGGCAUUUCAACCCCCCAUUAGGACCACACCACGGAGGAGUACACGAGAGCCUAAUCAAAUCUGCCAAAAGGGCAAUUCAAGCAGUUCUUGGGAAGGCCGACAUAACAGACGAAGAACUGAUGACAGCUUUCACUGGUGUCGAGGCUCUAUUGAACUCAAGACCUCUGACGUACCAGUCAGCAGAUCCGACAGACAACAUUCCGUUGACGCCAAAUCACUUCCUCCAUGGACAGUUAGGAGGGCAAUUCGCACCAGAGGCGGUAGACGUCGUGCAGUACAAUCCAAGGAAACGGUGGAGAGUAGUACAACAAUUGAUCAAGCAAGUUUGGGAACGGUGGAUGAAAGAAUUCAUCCCAGAAUUAAAUCGGCGGAAGAAAUGGAGAAAGGAAGAACCAGAUAUGGACGUAGGAGACGUUGUACUGGUCGUGGAUAGUAGAACAACGCGCGGAAACUGGAAAAUGGGACGAAUCACAGAAGUCUUCAAGGGAAAAGAUGGCCAUACACGAGUGGCAAGAGUGCAGAACGGAAACUUGAGCCAGAUACGCCCAAUUACGAAACUGUGUAAACUCGAGGUUUAG